UUAAAGCUCAAACUUAAUUACGGAGGAGUGGAGGCCUCUUUAAUUUCUUCCUCUUCUUUCAACCCUAACUUAUGAAUGCGACUCCCCAUAUACCCAAAAUUGAACAAGGUAGAUUCUCCAUCCUCUUCUACUUUUCUGCAUAAAUCGUGACUUACCACCGGUUUCUGGAAGGCUUCUCAAAGCAUUGUUUGGCCGAAUCUCCCUUGUGUCUUUCCCUUUUAUACUGUGGGUCUUUUGUUGUUAUUUUUGUGGCUUUUGGAUUGUAUUCGGAUGGAGUUUCCAACUCUGAGCUCUAUCCUGGUGAAUUUGAGUUAGAUCUGAUGAAUUGAAAAUCAACCACCUCUGAAUUCUUGUUCAUUCAGAAAUUUGCAGGCUUUGUUUAACCUCAAUUCUUCCUAGAUCGAAUUCCAAUUUGUGGGGCUCUUGGGCGGACACGUAUUCUAUCUUAGAUUCAUAAGGUUGGUGUGAUUUGAGCAAGGCUUUGGUCUUGGGUUCACUGUUCACCGCGAGACUUUGGAGGCCAAUAUCUACCAGGUUUAUGCUUGAGUUUGCCCCAAUUUUCUGCUGAGUCUUGGUCCUUUUUAGGGGCUUUUCACUAUCUAAACUUGGUUUGAUUCAAUUUUAGGGUGGUGCAAUUCCUAAUUCAUUGUCACUAUUCAUUUUCUUAUUUGUUGACCUGUACUUUUUGAUUUCGAGGAUAUGCUGAGGGUGGUUUUUAAGCACUUCGGCAUUGUUAGGCUGUUUGAUUUCGGUGCUAGAGUUACUACAAAUACAGCUUUCCCCAUUGGGCUUUUAACAGCAGGUUUCUUUAUUUCGUUGUAAAACGUAUACAAUUCUUGCGCUUCUAAUAACAUUAUAUUGUAAGAACUGCGGAUAUGGGAAGUGUUUUUAACUGUUUAAGCAUCUAAGUUUUAUUUAGCCACUGUCUAAAAUUUAAAGUCUUUCUGCCAUCACCAACGAUCUGCUAUUUAUUUGGUCUCUCUAUCAUUUUUAUUAUUCUCUGUCCAUCUACCGCUGUCGCAGCGCUCUUCAUCUCUUCCAUAUACAUCUUAAUUUUAUUUACUCUCUCCUCAAUUUUGUUGUUUUUAAUGUUUUAUUGUUGCUAUUUUUAAAUCAAUUUCUCAUUAACUAUGAAUGUCUAGAUAGCCAAUUAGGUAAAAAAGACUUCGGAAAGCAAUACCGACCCAUACCCUAUUAUUUCAUAUAUAUGUAUAAAAUGGUGAAAACAAUCUAAUAAAUCCCAUGAGUUUACUUUCAAUACUCUAUUUCUCACUUCAUGUUUAUGACUUAUGCUCAAAUACAUAUCUUACUGGGUUCUUAAUCCUAACAAAUACAAAAGUUGCUGAAAACAGGUUGGAGUCAGGCCAUCUUUGGGAUAACAUCUGGAGGUUGCAAAUGUGCAAAAAUCAAAUAAAGUGGGUGAGGUUUUAGUGUUGCGAAUGAAUGACUCCGUGGGUGAUGUUUUCCAAAUCAAAAAGUGGAGCAUCAUAGGAAAGAAGGAAUUUUAAACCCUAACGAGGAGGACAAUGAUGAGCCUCUAGAGGAGAACUUGUAUGAUAAUCACAGUUGGGUGCUACUGGAAGCAGACUACAACAUCCAAACAAAGGGCCUUGAAACUAGUAUUAAGGCUAGGCAAAAGAAUUUAUCUUCCAAGAAGGAAAGGCGUAAGAAAUAGUUUUCAGGAUGUUCAUCUUGCUGAAAGGUUGCCAGUUACUGCCUCAAUUCAGAGGCAUCAAUGUUGGAUGAUGGCUGCUGGUCUAGUUACGAUUCUGCUAAAAAUAUUACUAGGUCUUGGACUACUUUUGUUGAUGACUAGGAUUUUUGGAGUUUUCUAUGUUGAGGCUUCAAAGUUGGAUAAUGGUGCUAGAUUUUUGCUCAUGGAUGUCUAGAACAUUGCUGAACAUAAUGAUGCUGAACACAAAACGCAGAGUGAAUUUUUCAUUGUGAACCUUGGUUUCUAUUUUGCUGGUUGUAGACUAAGGUGAUCGUAUUUAGCAUUGGAUUUGGCUUUUUUAGAUU